AAAAAGAAGAAACCAAACUCUGUAAUUGAGUUUCCAUGGCAUUAGCUCUGUCAAUGAGUAAUACCUUGAUUUACAGAAGGAGCAGUCGAUGCGGAGAGUUGGCGAAGAACAGACGAUCUCAUUCAAAUCUCGUCUUCUCCAUCUCUUGCUGUCAUGAACCAACGGGAAAAACACAGAAAGAAGAUGAAGGAUUGUUUGGAAAGACAGAAAAGGUAGGGAAGUUGUUGAAGGAGAAAUUGAAUUUGGAUCUGAAUCCUAAACAGAAAGGUGACUGGAAGGAUUUGAUGUUGAUGAGCUUAUCUUUUGCGGUUUAUGUGUAUAUAUCCCAACAGAUUGUCUCUGCUUACUUCGCGUAUUGGAUCUCCAUUCCCAAACCUUCCUGGUAGACUUUUUAUAUUUAUAUAUAUAAUUAAUUUAUAUUUAGAUA